CAGACUGGAUAAGAGACUAACAGCACAUGGUAAGGCCUUGGCAGCAACUUUCUCGCUAUUCCUCAACCACAAAAACAUCUUCACAAAUGGAUGGUGCCUCGGUCUACCUGGUGACAGGAGGAUGCGGUUUUAUCGGGGAGAAGAUUGUAGAGCUCCUGGCUCAGCAAGACUACAUCAAAGAAGUCAGAGUUUUUGAUUCUGUAGCAAGAGAAGAAGUAGAAAAAUUCACUACAGCUACCGCUCGUGUGACAGUGAUGAAAGGAGACAUCCGAGACGACAAUCUGCUCCUUGCUGCCAUGCAGGGAGUUCACGUGGUUAUUCACACAGCUGCUGUUGUGGACUACAGAAACACUGUGCCCUUCCGGGAAAUGAGAGCUGUCAACGUUGGGGGUACCGAGAACGUGUUAAGGGCCUGCUGUGUCCUGAACAUCCCGUAUGUUGUCUACACGAGCUCCAUUGCAGCAGUGGGACCCAACACUUCGCACGAGCCCAUGUUCAGAGGAAACGAGGACACCAAAUACAGCGGGGAAGUGGAGCUGCCUUACGGGAAGACAAAAGCCAUGGCAGAAAAACUGGUAGCUGAAGCCAAUGGAAGAAAGCUCAGCAACGGCGGCAAACUUGCAACCUGCAUCAUCCGGGCAAACACAGUGUAUGGAGAGAAGGCGACGUUUCUUAAAGAUUUGUACUUACUGGCCAAAGCUAGGAACGGUGUGUUGAACUACCUAGAGCCUGAAAACACGGAGCGUAAUUACACGUACGUGGGGAACAUCGCAUGGAUGCAUGUUCUCGCAGCAAGGAACUUGCAGCUGAAACCAGACCUACUUGCUGGACAAGUGUAUUACUCCUAUGAUGACACUCCGACAAGAAAAGGGUUCCUCAUCAGGCAUCAGCUGUUGUCCUCUAUGGACCCCUCAGUACGACUGGGCUCACACAUCCCUUACUGGAAGAUGUGGUUGAUAAUACACUUGCACAGAAUAAUCAAGGUCCUCUUGUACCCUUUUUGGAAGCCACAGCCUUUCCUAAACUUGCCUUUACUGAACACUGUAGUCACCACCUUCUCCUACGAGACAGACAAAGCCUCCAGGCAUUUUGGGUACCAACCUCUCUUCAGCUGGACAGAGAGCAAACAGAGGACUGCACAGUGGCUGAAAGCAACUACAGGAAACAUGGGAUCCCGCCAGCUUCAUGAAAAGGAGAACUAAGCAGCAUGUUUUGGAGAAAGAGAGAGCUUAUCACACCAACAGGUUUCAUCUGAAUUUCACAAUACACACAACUCCUGGGCAGGAAUUUUGCAAACACCAGCAAGUCCUUAUACAGACGGAGAGCGAGCAAAACUCUCUGGCUGCAGGUACCUACCCUUGCCACACCAGAAAGUCCACUGUUUUAAGUGCCAUGUGAAAAAAAACAUGCUGCAUCUGAAAGCGUCCUCUUGCCGUGAUGUAGAGACAGUGAUGUAGGGACAGAUGCAGGUCUCACUGGCCUCGCUCAUUCCAGCAAUGCCACCCCUGAGCUGGGAUCACCCAUGGAAACAAGAGACACACAAUUAGAGGAGAGAUGGCACUCAGCAAACGUUUUUUAGUUUAGUUUACCAGUUUUGUUCCACAGCCCAAAGAACCUCCAUCUCUUUCCAUACUAGGCAAAUGGACCAACUCCCUUACCCUGAGCUCAAGCAGGAUGUCUUCAUUUGUCUAGCGUACUCAAGGGUCUUCAGUGAUAACUCCCAGGGAUGGGCAGGAAAGCCCAGAAAGAUCGUUCAAAGUUUUAAGGUUUAAUAGAAAAUUUAGAAAAUAAAUAGAAAAAAAGAUUUUCCCUUUUCCGGAGCCACUUCUUUUCCAAAAUUCUUAUUUUUCUUAACCUGCGGGAUAUUAUGUCUCUUUUUAAAUAUUAUAUCUACUAAAAGAAAUGUAUAAUCUCUUGCACUAACAAUGCAUUCGUUGAGUUGCACUCUGGCUGUACAGCUUGAGACCCGAUAACUGCAAGCUGGGUGAUGUGCUCCAGAUAGUUUGCAACUCCAGUGCUAUAACCUCACAGCACGCUAGCGGCUAGGCAAAACAAAUUAAAUCCCACGUUCAACCACCACACUGGCAGACAGGAACUUCAGUGAAGGCCUCAGGGGCUGUAUUUAUGCUAAAUAAUGCCUGAACUACAGAAACUAGAGGUUAUUUUAACUCAUUCCAUUUUGCCGGAGCUGCACAGUCCGUUGGGGAACAGCGUUGCGCAGAUGAGGUUUUUCUAACACAGAUGGGACAGGCGCUUACAGAGAAUUCGCAACGAAAAUUCAAAGCACAAUGACGACUGUGGUUCGUAUCAGGUUACCAGCUCCUCUAUUUUUAGGACAUGCAGAGAGACUGGUAAGCCUAUAUCAAGCACAACAGAGAUUUCAGUUUUCACUUCGACUUGGAGAAGUGGGAAAUUUCUACAAUACCUGUUUAAAUUUAAAAUUAAUCCUAUUAGUAUCAAGCUGUUUAAAGUACUGCCGUGUUUUAUGAACAUGUAACCCUCUCCCAAGUUGUCCUACAAUGCAAAUGCAUGCAUACACAAUAAAGGCUUGUUUUAAUUACAAGAGCCCUCAUCCUCACGGAAAGAGCAAGUUUCAGCAUGACACAUUUGAUAGAAAUGAUCAAAAUUCACUUCUUGUUAGUUCCAGUAAUUACCCAGUAAUGAAAGCGAAGCAAUACUGUGAGAGGUGCCAAGUUAACUUCAUUGAAAUUCACAAUCACAUGAGAAUUAUUUGCAAAAUGAGCUCCCAAACCAAAAAUCAUGUGCUCAGGUAAUUCAUGAAUAAUUCCAUAUAACAAAUACAUUUCUGGAAAAAAAAUUGCAAUCUGCUCCUAGAGAAUUUGGGGAGGUGAAGUGAACCGUGUAAAUUACCAGUGCCCUACGUUUUAUCCUCGACCUAUUUGUGCUGGGAGGCUUUCGAGAAAGGGAAUAAUAAGAUUGCUGAGUUUUUUAUUUCAUUAGUAACCGUCUUUGCAGUUUUCUGUUAUUAUUCUAAUGGCAGAUGACAGCUUGCUGAGAAUUUGACAAAGAAAUAUAUACCCAAUUUCUCCCGCACGUUGCCGGAGCAUCACCACGGUACAGCAGCAUCGACCUCGACAGGUUUUAAUGCUCCCGAAACCUCGGUUUUAUGCUGCCAAGAACGAGCCACAGGGUGGAGCUGCAAGUCCAAGUGUGAGACAGGGUCCCAUUAUGUAACAGCAGCAGCAAAAAAGAGAGGAAAAAUUUUUUUUCAGAUCUGUUUCUACUUCUGGAGAGGAGCCUUUGUGCACAAUUACUCAUCCAAGAGAUUCAGCAGGGAGCAGCAGAGAUGAAGCACAGAAGAGAUGGAUGCAUGUGUCGUCUACCGGCGGAGCAAGGAGAACGAGGAGAGAGUGCAUCGACAGAAAGACACCUGCUAUUUUUUAACCCGGCGAAACAUCCCCGCUGCAAACCGUGGCGUCUGCCAGAGGAGCUGCUGGAGCUGCGGCUUCGUUCUCCCCAGGUUUUCUGUCCGCCAGCGUUCCCACGUGUGCACCGAGCAUUCGUUUCCUCUCCCCGCAACGCACACGUGUGCGCACACGCACUUCAGAGCGGCGCGUGCCUAACCCUGCCUGAGUUUCUGUGGAAGUCUCUGUUCUUGUGCAAUGUCUGAAGGAAGCCAGUUUGGCAAUAUUAAACCUCAAGCCAAACACACAACUGCGCAAAGAAUCCCCAAAUUAAAAAGAAAAGCUCAACCU